AUGUCGAAGCGCAAGGCAGCUGAAGAAGCUGAGGCUGUGAUAGCCAAGAAACUGGUCGUUGAGCCCCUCGACCCCAUGGACGUAUCGCGGAGGAAAAGCAUUUCCGACAGCACGUCAAGGGCUCCCACAGCCAGGAGCGUUCCCUACGUGUGCACCACCGAGGAUUGCGGCAAGUCCUUCCUGACCGCCACCCGCCUGCGCCGUCAUCAGGAAGUCCACGCCGGCCAGAACCGCUUCCGCUGCCGCGACUACCCACCAUGCGACCAGAGCUUCCGCAAGCACAACACACUGCAGCGUCACAUUCGCGCCGAGCAUCAGGGCGGCCCCGCCUACCUUUGCCCCGAGCAGGGGUGCCACGCCGGCUUCGACUCGCAGGGCGCCCUGCGCAACCACACCAAGCGCGACCACAGCGAGCCGAGCUUCUGGUGCGACGAGUGCGAGCUCGAGGCCGACCCCAGCGGCGACCGGCCCCCGCGGCGCUGCAAGGGGCAGGCCGAGCUCGAGCGCCACGUCGAGCUCUACCACUCGGGCAUCCCGCUCGAGGCCCGCAAGACGAUCCCCUGCGCCUGGCCCGGCUGCGACAAAAAGUUCACCAAGAAGAGCAACCUUAACGCCCACGUCCGCUCCGCCCACGAGGGCCUCCGCUUCGUCUGCGGCCAGGCCGAGCACGCCACGACCGCCGACCUCGCCGCCUGGCCGCGCGAGCAGGGGUGCGGCACGGCCUUUGUGACCAAGGGCAACCUCGAGGCCCACAUCCGCCACGUCCACCUCGGCAUCGAGCGGCCCGUCCCCGCGCCCCUCGCCGACCGCGACGACGACGACGUCGGCACCGCCGCCGCGCACCAGAAGCGCAGGCGCACGACCACGACCGUCAUGGACCAGGUCGCCGGCACCGACCGCUCCAUCGCCUGCACCAUGCCCCACUGCACCGAGCGCUUCUUCCGCGCCCACGACCUCGACCUCCACCUCGCACACCACCCGCCCUCGCCGAUCGAGGCCGAAGUCCUCCGCCUCGGCACCGAGGCCUCGGCCGAUGACACGUCCGCGACGGCCCAGCCGCAGCAGCAGGACAAUGUCGCCGACCGCCCCAUGCCGGAGCUGCCCUUCCUCGGCGUCAGCCAGGAGAUCGUCUACCGCGACGAGGCGGACCCCGUCAUCCGCGUGCCGCAGGACGACGACUUUUGGAUCGGCGCCGGCGACGCGUUUGGGCUGGACGCGGCGGCCGUGCCGGAGACCGCCGGCCAGCAGGACGUGACGUGGCAGCAUGACGAGGCGGCGAUGCGGGCGCUGAUUGACGAGGACUUCAGCCGCUUCAUUGACCCGGCGCUCGGGGAGGGCAUGUUCGCCAUGGAGUGA